AUGAUUGUUGUAAUUGCUUUUGUAAUAUUAUUCGUUGAUGCACAAGGAAAAAUUGAACCUUUUGUGGUGAACGGAGAUCGGGCAGCUAUAGAAUACUACGCUCAUUCCGUGUUUCUUUCAAUUCGAGAUUAUCAAGGCGCCUAUAUUUGUGGGUCGUCAAUUUUAAACCAAAAAGUGCUUAUUUCGGCGGCGCAUUGCUUCGAAUCUUGUAAGAAUCCUGGGAAUGUAAACGCGUUUGUCGGAAAUGCUAAUCGUGGUAAAGGCAAGAAAUAUAAGGUGGCUGAUUUUAUAAUACAUGAGCACUAUGAUUCUCAUGAAGUGAGCAAUGAUAUAGCUCUAGCAGUGCUACGGGUACCCCUUUCUUUGGAUAAGUAUGUUAAACGAGUGUCUAUACUGAAGCGACCUCCUCCCAAGAAAAUGGCGGCAGUCGCUGGAUGGGGGCUAAUCGACGAAUAUAAUUCAAUCAAAAGUACAUGGCUACAUUCAACAGAGCAGAAAGUGUGGACAUUAGCUGAAUGUAGGAAGGUUUUACCGGGUAUCCCCAAAGGGUGCAUGUGUGCUGGUGAUACUAAUGAAAAUCGAUAUGCAUCGGAGGGCGAUUCCGGCAGCGCUUUAGUCAUCAAUGACUUCAUACAGAUUGGUAUAGUUUCCUUCAAAAGGCCAGAAACUACCCGAGGUCUAGUUGUGUAUACGAACGUAUCGUACUUCUAUAGUUGGAUCAAAAUUAACUCACGGAAUUUGUAUUGUAAGGAUAAACUUGGAUGA